AGUGCACUGAAGUUUGACACUUCGGCCACUACAGACGCCUCCAGCGAGCCUGAAACAAGAGGACAGUGGCUUAGGUCAUCCUCAUUCCGCCCUGGGUCCCCAAUAAUAGUUCGAUACAACCUCGAAUGCAGUUGUCGAGGAGAGGCUGGAAAGAAUUCUCGUGAACUAAGAUGCAGGAGUAUAUAUCCAGUAUAGGUAGGGUUGUUUUGGUUGUUUGUAUCCAGCAUCUAUUGCACCAUUGGUCACUCCACACUCGUUUGUACGCCUCGAAUUCAGAUACCUGCAAGGUACAAGACGCGUUACAUCCACGGCUCAUCCACUCAAUAUUCCCUUCGCCACACCUUACAGGCAGGUCGCCUCCGAGUACCUGGUCAGUAACCAAGCGGAAAGUUAUUCUUCAUGGCCCAUCUACUACGCUACCACUCCGAAAUCGAAAUGCGGCCGAUCAACAAAGAGACGGAAGCGGUUGAGCUAGACCAUCUCUUUGAGAGCUACGCUGAGACGGAUCUGUUCCAGCAGUUGACUACUUCUGCUGCCGACUCCUCAGCCGCGUCAAGUACGGCUCUUUCAGCCUUGGCUCCACCUAGAUCCCUCAGGAUACCCAUGAUAACCUGGGGCCCCACCGACUCGCCCAACAUCGACUUCACCUUCUCCACAUCCUGCUCCCCAGACUUCUCCACCUCCAAGACCGCCGGCUGGUGGAACGACGACAGCAUGCCCAUGGCGCAACAAUCCUAUCCCACACACCGCGAAUCCCACGCUCGCCCAAAAGCCCAAAGCAUUCCCAUCUCCUUGGCCGGCCUCAGUAUUUCCUGCGACAUGAGCAGCUUCAGCAGCAUGAGCAAGUAUCAAUCGCAACCGGAGAUGCAAUCAUAUCACCCGGCGAUGUAUCCUACACCCCCAACACACCCUGCUCAUCCUUCAAGUAUGGUACCCAUCGGCACACGCCCGCUCUCCUGCCCCCCCUCUCCCACACCGCAGGCGCGCUUCCACCGCCGCCGGCCCAGCGGGCAGGCACAGCGCACCAACACGACACAGUCCCGUGGCAAGUCGUCGCAAUCGUCGCACGGCACUGCACGCGCGCCGUCGAGGGGGAAUGUCGGGUUUGUCAACUUCACGCUCGACGAUAGUCGUAAGAUCUUGACUGGUGUUGCGCCGAGCGGGUCAAGCAAGACGAAGGCGAGGCGCGAGAAGGAGGCCGCUGAGAGGAGGAGAAAACUGAGUCAAGCGGCUGUUAAGGCGGUUAUGGAGGCGGGUGGGGAUGUGAAUCGGUUGAGGGCGUUGGAGAGGGAGGGGUUGUGUGUUUUUGAGAGCUAAGAGAGCUUUGACUCCCUUUCGAGAGAAAGUUGAAUUGGCUUGACCUGGCACUCGUAUACAUACCCUCACUUCCGAGGCCUCACCGUAUUGGCGUGUUGGAACUUGGGAGGGUAGCAAUGUUU